GAGGGGGUGGAGCCUGGAGAACGGGGCACAAGAUGGCGGCCGUGCGGAGCGUUAAGGGCUUGGUUGGUUUGGUGACAGGCGGCGCCUCGGGGCUGGGCCGGGCCACAGCGGAGAGGCUGGUGAAGCAGGGAGGGAGCGCCGUCCUCCUGGACCUGCCCCAAUCCGGCGGGGAAGAAGUGGCCCGGGAGCUGGGGCGCAACUGUGCUUUCGCCCCCACCGAUGUGACCUCGGAAGCGGAUGUACUUGGAGCCCUGGCCCUGGCCAAGGAGAAGUUUGGCCGGGUGGACAUAGCGGUCAACUGUGCCGGCAUCGCUGUGGCCAUCAAGACCUACAAUCAUCACAAAAACAGAGCCCACCCUCUGGAGGAAUUCCAGAAAGUUAUCAACGUGAAUACCGUCGGCACCUUCAACGUGAUCCGCCUCUGCGCUGGAGAAAUGGGCAAGAAUGAACCGGAUCAGGAUGGCCAGCGGGGGGUCAUCAUCAACACGGCUAGCGUGGCUGCCUUUGAGGGCCAGGUUGGACAAGUGGCGUACUCGGCCUCCAAAGGUGGCAUCGUAGGGAUGACGUUGCCUAUUGCCCGGGAUCUGGCCCCUAUGGGCAUCCGUGUGGUCACCAUUGCCCCAGGUCUGUUUGGGACGCCGCUGCUGACUACCCUACCUGAAAAAGUGCGUUCGUUCCUGGCCCGCCAGGUGCCCUUUCCCAGUCGGCUGGGGGAUCCAGGCGAGUUCGCCCACCUGGUGCAGGCCAUCGUGGAGAACCCCAUGCUCAACGGCGAGGUCAUCCGGCUGGACGGAGGCAUCCGCUUGCAGCCCUGAGAGCCUCGUCGCCCGGGUGGCCCUGCCUGCCACUGGCCCGGGAGCGCCGGGCCUAGGGGCCCACACCCUCCUCCACGCAGUCUCUGAACGCAGAACCCACCUGAGCCGGAAUUGGGAAUGAUGAUGAUUGGAGGAACUGGAGUAGGACUGGAGAGAAGCCCCCCAGCCAGUCUUCAGUCCUUUGGUGCCUAUUUAAUAAAGUGAUUCGCUUUGCUGGGUGA